CCUAAAUCGUUCUGCUCUGAAGGUUUUGCGCACAUCUGGAUAACUGAGGCUUCGCCAGCAGCCCUCAAUUAUUAGUUUGCUUGCUCCCAUCUGAGGUCAGAAAAUGAAGACUGCCAAAGUUAAAAUGACCGCUCCAAGCAAGACGGAUGUAUCAGUGUGUUUAGCUGUGUAAACCAAACAGCGCUGAUCCCUAUCUUAGGAGUAUUUUUAGGCUUGUGGAGGAAGAGAAAUGGACUUAAAGGGAGGAGACGAGAGGGAGGAAGGCACUCAGAGUUUGCAGGAUGUAUGAAUGUGACCGAGGCUUUGGACAGUGUGUGACGGGGUCUGAUAUUGUCCGUUGACUUUUGUUCUAGUUUAAUUCCCAGAAAGACUUACCCAAAAAGGGCUAAGACGGACUAUCAAAAUCCCCAAGCUGAGAUUUAGUCUUCACUUGGUGGCGGAACAGAACAGCAGUCAUGGAGAGUGCAUGCUCUAUUGAAGAGGAUCUGUCCGGCAGUAAUGGUAGUGGCGCCGGAGCCUUUCCUUUGGUCAAUCGGAGCAUAAAACUCCCCCCGUAUUCACCUGAAGCAACCGCAGCCUUCGCCACAGCCAUCACACUAAUGAUCCUCUUCACCAUCGUGGGCAACAUCCUGGUCAUCAUUGCCGUGCUGACCAGUCGCUCUCUGAGGGGUCCGCAGAAUCUCUUCCUGGUCUCUCUGGCAGCGGCCGACAUCCUGGUGGCCACCUUAAUCAUCCCGUUCUCGCUGGCCAAUGAGCUGAUGGGUUACUGGUACUUCCGCUCAGUGUGGUGUGAGAUCUACCUGGCACUGGACGUCUUGUUCUGCACAUCCUCUAUCGUGCACCUGUGCGCCAUCAGCUUGGACCGCUACAUGUCCAUCUCCCGGGCCGUGACAUAUGGUGCCCAGAGGACGCCGCGCCGCAUCAAGUGCGCUAUCUUAGUUGUUUGGCUGAUUUCGGCGGUCAUUUCCUUCCCACCUCUCCUGUCCAUGAACAAGAACAAAGGGAAGGACUCUGCAGGGUGUCCACAGUGCGAGCUGAACAACGAACGCUGGUAUAUCCUUUAUUCCACCAUUGGCUCCUUCUUCGCUCCCUGCCUGAUCAUGAUCCUGGUCUACAUGCGGAUUUACCAAAUUGCCAAGCAGCGCACAAGAUGCCCUCCAGGGGAGCCAAGGAAGGAAAUCCCUGCCAGUGCAACCACCCCUCAACACAAACCCAAGGCUCUUCAGAAUGGCAGAGGAGAUGGCGCAAGUACUCCUUGCACCCCUCAGAAAAACCCAACUAUGCCCCGACCUCCCACUCUUGCUGUGCCUCAAGUAGAGUCCCUUAACAUGGCCAAGCAGCAGCCAGCAACUACCCCAAUCACCAACAACCUUCUGCCCCCUCCUUCACCUUCUGUAGCCUUGACGCCAGCCACCCCUUCUUCUCCCCUGGGGCCUUCCCCAUCCCUCUCACCUUCCAUCUCCUCUAACCAGAAGCAAGACCCAGCACCCAAAAAACCCAGUGGGUGGAAGAAGGAGAAGAAGAUUGGCAAGAAGCACGACAACAACAACGGGGAAAGCUCAACGUCUGAUUCCGACACGGAGCAGGGAGGGAUGGGGACGGAGAUGCCCAUGACGCCCAGCAUUGAACCUAAUGCUGGUAUCCACUCGCCUGCCACCAUCCAGAAGUACAGAGACAUGGUCGCCACAGCGAAAGGCACCAGGCUGGCUUCUCGGAAGUCCAAGCAGGAAGGGACACCCAACUCAGCCCGCCGCAAGGCCAUGGUGAACCGGGAGAAGCGCUUCACCUUUGUGCUGGCGGUGGUCAUUGGCGUUUUCGUCGUCUGUUGGUUUCCCUUCUUCUUCUCCUACAGCCUGCAGGCUGUGUGCCCAGAGGUCUGCACCCUCCCCGAGCCCCUCUUCAAAUUCUUCUUCUGGAUUGGAUACUGCAACAGCUGCCUAAACCCUGUCAUCUACACCAUCUUCAACAAAGACUUCCGCAGAGCCUUCAAGAAGAUACUCUGCAAGAACACCAAGGGUACAUUCUUUUGACUGACCACUAGCCCUGCGAUCUUUUUGCGGUACGAGAAUCUGGAAAACUGUGUACUGUACAAUUUUUAAAAAGCACAAUAACUUCAUUGUAACCAUGUACAUAAGGGGCUUUUUGUGCAGCCCCUGCAAAUCAAGGACCGCAUGCAAUGAUAAAGCACAUUUUAAUAUGUGUCAAAUGAUAGCCACAUGCCAUUGUAUCUGGGAGAAGACCUCCUGGACGUUUGCAGGUUUACUACGUACCAGGACUCAUCCGACAGACGCACAGCAGAAAGAGAGAGCGAACAUCUCGACGGGACUGCGAUUGACAGAUACCCCGUCCUGUUUUAUAGAGGUUAUUGUGCACCUGUGAGGAUAACAAAGUAAAGGGAACACAAGGUAAUAGUGUUUUCCCUUUUUUCGCCUUUCUAAGAAUACCUGCCCUCAGGGAUAGCACAAGUAUGGAUUUCUGUAGGGAUUUCAAUCCAACCAGAGUCUUAUUUUACCCCUCCAGAAUUCUCGCACACACAUACACAAAAACAUCACAGAGACACACUUUUACACUGAUUCUCCUCCCUGAUACCUGUCAAGCUUUAAUUCCGUGUAGAGAAAAGACAACGAGGGGAAGAAAAAGUGCUCUUGUGGAGCACUUUGCCGGGGGCCAUGUGUAUAGAAUGAAUUGAUGUAGGAUUCACUGAAGGAGCCUAACAGCUGUUGGUUGCAGAUGGCACUGGGGAUGGGGGGGCGGGGUGGGGGGGGGGUGUGUGAUUCCCUUGCCAUGCCCAUCUUCUCCACCUUCCUAAUGCAAGCAUGCUCGCUGAAUACAAAGCACCUACCAUGGACCGAGGAGAGCUUCAUUGUCUUUCUCCAGCAGGUUAUCUGACAGAGGCUCAGCCUGCUUACUAAUACAGUGAACUGCUUUAAGGUAGAUAAAGAAGAAAAUAAACAUGCUUGUCAUGGACACAGUUUACAUGGCUGAGGAAGACGUGUUUGUGCUUAAAUUGACUCCUAAGACUGAUCAUGAGAUCCUAAGACCAUUGCUAAAACCAUACCAAUGGUGUUACUUACUGUGGUGACUGAAUCAGGGCAAUAAGGACCCUUCCUGAUAUCUGGAAUUGUUUUUUUUUUCUGUUUGUUUACUUUUCACUUUUCUCUACAAGAACUGGGGAUUUCUGCCAUAAACUGAACUAUCGCACCCUCUGUUUAACCGUUCAGCAGGGUGAUACUUUGGGACUAAGGGCUGAUGGCAAUGACACUUCCUAUUUCGUUCUCUGGUCGCUGUCACUUAUUUGACGACUGCUGUGUCUGUGUGUGCGAGAGAAGGAAACUGCACCUAUUCCGAGCGAGUGUUGCGUGCGACUGACUCAUGCGUGAAUGCGGAUGUGUGCUGUGGACGACAGAGUGUGCGUAUGCGAUGUACAGGGAGGUUUAUUUGGAUUUUUUUUUUGUUUGUUUUUUUGUGAAUCUUUUGGCCUGUGCAGUAUGAAGAUCCAUCACCCCCCCCCCCACACAUUCUAUUGGCUGAAAAUGGACAAUAUGCGUUUGAUUAAAAAUGGUCGGCAUGCCUUCUUUGCCAGCUCGUGCCAAUGCCUUCAAUCCAGCUCCUUCUUGUGCCAAUGCUGUUACAUGUUUGGCUGCUAAACCGUGUCUUCUUAUACAAAUGAUACGAAAAGUGGGUUCCCGGCCAGAGCCGUUGUUUGGUGUUUUUUUUUUCUUUUUUCAUCCCAAAGCAAACUGUUCCGUUAGGUGUGGGAUUGCAGUUCAAUUGUGAGGCCUUUUGAGAUUAAAGGGUAGCGAUGAAAUGUUACGCUGAGAGCUGUGAACAAUUUUGGUUUUGUAUUAUUUAUUUA